AUGUGUGAUGGGAAAAUUGAUUGUGCUGAUCAUUCAGACGAACCAGCACAUAUUUGUCUAAAACGACCAAAUUUCAAUAAUCUGGUAGAUUUCUUUAACAGUUUCCAAAGUUAAUGAAAACAUAUUCCAGCAACUGAUGGAGAUUUCAAAUUCUUUAAAAUGCCCUGAAUCUUGGUUCAAAUGUUCCGAUUCAAGCAAAUGUUUGCGAUCAAAUUUAGUUUGUGAUCAAUACAAAGAUUGUGGCGAUGGAAGUGAUGAAGCUGAAUUUUGUCACUUUUUCAAACCUGCUUCCUCACCAAGUACUGUGUAUUGA